AUGGUCAGCCUCACCUGCAUACCCAAGCCGACGAAGAAAAUUCAGCGCCCUAGGGAGUCGAUGGAUUUGGACAACAUCAUGGAGGGCUUUGAUAGCGAGGACGACAUGGGUCCUUAUCCCAUGCCAAAGGACGGCUCCCACAGCGCGUACGAGGAGGCACUCAAGAGCCCACGCUCACUCACCCGUAAGGCUGUUUGA